CUCGCCAGUGAUCGGCGCCCUGAUCGGCUGCCAGGAGGGCCGCAACAUCGAGGUGAUGAACUCCUUCGAGCUGCUGUCGCACGCCGUGGAGGAGAACGUGGUGAUCGACAAGGAGUACUAUUACACCAAGGAGGAGCAGUUCAAGCAGGUGUUCAAGGAUCUGGAGUUCCUGGGCUGGUACACCACCGGCGGCCCCCCAGACCAGUCUGACAUCCACGUCCACAAACAGGUUUGUGAGAUCAUUGAAAGCCCCCUGUUCCUCAAGCUAAACCCCAUGACCAAGCACACCGACCUGCCCGUCAGCGUCUUUGAGUCCGUGAUCGACAUCAUCAACGGAGAGGCCACAAUGUUAUUUGCGGAGCUGACAUACACACUGGCCACAGAGGAGGCUGAGCGCAUUGGAGUUGAUCAUGUGGCACGGAUGACAGCAACCGGCAGUGGGGAAAACUCCACAGUUGCUGAGCACCUCAUUGCACAGCACAGUGCCAUAAAGAUGCUUCACAGCCGUGUCAAACUUAUUUUGGAAUACGUUAAAGCUUCAGAAGCAGGUGAGGUACCUUUCAACCAUGAGAUCUUGCGAGAAGCCUACGCCCUUUGCCACUGCCUCCCCGUACUGAGCACUGACAAAUUCAAGACAGAUUUUUAUGAUCAAUGCAACGACGUGGGCCUCAUGACCUAUCUUGGCACCAUCACCAAGACCUGCAACACCAUGAACCAGUUUGUGAACAAGUUCAACAUCCUCUACGACCGUCAGAGCAUUGGGCGCCGCAUGCGCGGACUUUUCUUCUGAGAUUUGGUGCUCCCUAAUAAAGUGGUUGUGCUGACCGAGA